AUGCAUUUGACUCGGAGUUUUGUGAUCUCCUGCUUGGUGGCGACUGGUCUAGCGUUGCCCAGCAGUGAGGUUAUCCAAAACCCUGCAAUUAAGCCUCGCAGUAGUGCGGGCUACAGUCCCAAAGAGCCUCCUUUGACCACCCCGUGGACUGAUAAGGUCGGAACGAACCCCUGGCCUGAAUAUCCUAGGCCGUUGCUGCAGCGCUCUCAAUGGAAGAACCUCAAUGGCGUGUGGAAAUACCAAAGUGCCUCUGGCCUUAAUGCUGUUCAAAGCCCGCCUUUUGGGCAGGAGCUUGAACAGGAUGUGCUGAUUCCAUCGUGUCUUGAGAGUGGAUUGUCUGGAAUCCAAGCUGAAUCGGCCUUGUACUCGUGGUUUUCGACCUCUUUCGAGGUAGCUUCCUCUUGGAAGGGUGAGCAGGUAGUGGUCAAUUUUGGAGCCGUAGAUUAUGAGGCUACAGUUUUUGUGAAUGGCAAGCAAGCAGGCUUCCACCGUGGUGGCUUUUCCCGAUUUGCCGUGGAUGUGACAAAAUACCUGAAGUUCAAUCAGCAGAAUGAGCUACUUGUUUUUGUGCAUGAUCCUACCGAUAGUGGCGACUAUGUCAUUCCCAUUGGAAAGCAGACCCUGAGACCGAGUCACAUCUUUUAUACCCCAUGCAGUGGAAUUUGGCAAUCUGUGUGGCUUGAGGCGGCUCCAUCCAAUCAUAUCACCCAAUUGGAUCUCGACGCAAACAUGGACGGUCAAGUAAACAUCACUGUGCACAGUUCUGCCAAGGACUCCUCUGCCCAGGCAGAGGUUACUGUCCACAAAGAUGGAAAAACCGUUGCCACCCACAAGGGCCCCACCAACAAGCCAUUCCAGUUCACCGUGUCUUCACCCAAGCUCUGGUCUCCAGACUCGCCGACUCUGUACAAUGUGACUGUCAAAUUGGGCAAAGACAAGGUAGAGAGUUAUACUGGUUUCCGUACAAUCUCUAGGGCCAAGGUCGACGGGGUUGAGCGACCCUUGCUCAACGGAGAAUUCAUUUUCAUGUUUGGCACUCUGGACCAAGGCUAUUGGCCCGAUGGACUAUACACACCUCCGAAUCGGGAGGCGAUGGUGUACGAUUUGCAGAUGCUGAAGAAGCUGGGAUUCAAUAUGGUCCGCAAACAUAUCAAAGUUGAGACCGACCUAUUUUAUCAAGCAUGUGACGAGCUGGGUCUGCUGGUAAUCCAGGACAUGCCAUCCUUGCGCCUGCACUCCGUGGUACCGAACGCAGAACAGCAGACCGAGUUCGCACGCCAGUUGGACGUGAUGAUUAACCAGCUCAAGAGCUACCCCAGUAUCGUAACUUGGGUUAUUUACAACGAAGGCUGGGGGCAGCUCACACAUUACUACCCCGAGUUUGAGCUGACGGAGCGGGUUAGACAACUUGACCCCACUCGGCUCGUGGACUCGACGAGCGGCUGGAUCGACCACGGCGCUGGAGACUUUAGCGACAAUCACCACUACGCGAAUCCACAAUGUGGCACACCAUUCUAUUCCACACCGUCAAGUCCUUACGACCCAACCCGCAUUGGGUUCCAAGGUGAAUUCGGCGGCAUCGGGACUAAUGUCUCCAUCGAACAUCUCUGGAAUAACCAGGCAGCCAUCGAUACUAUUGAUCAAACCUACGAAAUCGACGCCACCAUCGAGGCGUGGAAUUAUCGCAGUCACAUCCUGCUCGGUGAGCUCGAGGAGCAGACCCGUCUCUACGCGUGUAGUGGAGGCGUCUGGACUCAGACGACCGAUGUCGAGGGCGAGGUCAACGGCCUCAUGACUUACGACCGUCGCUUGGCAAGAGUCGACGUGGAGCAGUGGCAGGCGGAUAUCAAAGCGCUUUAUGCCGCCGCCGCCGCACGGAGCAAGGCUACCACGGCAAGCUCAUGA